AUGUCGAGCUUCUUUAGAGACAACGCGCUUGGGUUUAAAAGGCGUUCGAACGUGUUUUCGAAGCACAGUACGGGAGAAGCCGAUCCAGAAAAUGUAGGGGAAUGUUCUGAAGGUCAUAGCUCCGCUAGGAGCCGACUUAUGAUCAGUAACAGCACAACCACCGAUACGACCGUUUGCGACGCUAAUAUGGCCGAAAGCACGCCUAAAAUGGGAAAGCGGACUAGCAGCGGGGGCAUAGUCAUGAAGGUAAAGUCUGUUGGGGAUGUUGUGGAUGUCGCGGAAAGCAGCGACGUGCUGCUAGAUGCGUUUGCGAACGCCCAAAAGAUCAGCUCGAGCAUACGGCUCGAGCUGAAGCGGUCCAAGAGUGAAAAUCAGCGACAACACGCAGAAAUUGCCAAUUACAGGACGGAAUUGACGAAUUUGAGCGAGCGGCUCCGAGGUCAUGGCGAAUUGUUGAAGAAUGUUGGGGAAACAUGCAACCAGUUGAAGGCUCGCGAAAUUGGAAGUGAGGAGUCUCUUCGGGCUCUAAGUGCUCAGAUGCUGUCUACGAACGAGAAAGUCUGUGUGUUGCAACGGCAGCAUGAACAGCUGAGGCAAAACUAUGCGGAUGUUAAGGCGCGGUGCGAGCAGGAGCAAUUAAAGGUCGCAGAGAAGCAAAACCUACUGGUAGCUUGCCGAACAGGGCUGCAGGAAGAGGAGGAAUGCAACGUUGCGAUUAUGGAUGAAUUGAAGGCCGCUCGUAUCUAUUCUAAUGAUCUUCUUGAAAGGGUGCUUAAGAACCUGGAUCUAACGGUUAAGAAGGAGUCGACGUCCAUGGGUAAGAUGCUAAAGGCGGAACAGCAGUCCUGUGGCGAACUUACGACUUUGUCGGCGAAGAAUGCUGAAAUUUGCGAAUCUUUGAAGACUACUUGCGAAACUGUGCUUAAAACAUUUUCCAAUAAACUUGCUAAACAGCUGGCAACCUCAUUUUCGAAUUUUUCAGCCAAUAUUAGUUCGGGAAUGAAAGAUAUGACUCCAACCUGUUCUGUGAGUAUUGACGUGGGCAGGAUACACAAGACCCUCGAGUUCAUCGAAAGUCAGAUGGCCUUGUCCGGAAACGGAAUAGCAACGUCGAAGCUUGAUUGUUCGUUGCUAGAAAUUAUGCACAUGCUGAGAGGUGCAGCGGACUCGGUGAGUGCUAUUUCUGAGAUGAUCGAGGCACAGAAUGCUGACAUUGCAAGGUUGCAGAUCGAUCGAGAAAACGUGAGCGAUUUACAACGGGAGUGUCACCAAAUAUCGUUACAGAAGGGCGAGGCUAUUAAUAUGAUAAAUGCGAAAGAUGCAGAAAUCAAAACUUUGCGGGACAAGGUGCUCGGGCUUAAGACGCAGCAGAAGGAGAUGAAUGAGUUGGUGACUAAAAAGGAUAAAGAGAUCGAAAGGAUUAGGUGCGAAGUGCGAUCAGUUGAAACAAUGUUUGCAAGCCAAUUUGCAGCUCAGGCCAAUAUUUUGGGAAUGAUCACAGCGGAGCGCAACGCGCUCAAAAAGAAAGUCGAGAAAUCGGUCGUGAAUGAUCAGUCUUUUGCUGAAGAGUCCUGUCGCGAUGUGCCGCGGGGAAGAGAAAACCCCGCGAGCGUCACAAAAAAAGUCGAGAUGCAGGGCAAGGUGAGUCUGCCUGAGGAAGAGCUCGAAGCGGCGAAGAAGCUGAUAGGGCGAGUGAAACCGGCGCCAGCAGUACACUCGGCUGGUUUGAAGGCCCGACGGACGAAAACAGCGCUGGGCCCGCCCACAAGGGCUCAAACGUCCGACACACACGGUGAUAAUCACGAGGACGCAUUCGAGUUGCCGUCAUCUUCGAGCGACGACCUUGAAAUGGCAGUUGCGUCGUUGCUCAAACAGGAAAAAUCGGCUAUGCGCGCUACAAGAAAGAAAAAGCUUCUACUCGAGGACAACACGAGCAACAAGCGGACGAAGCGAGAAUAG